AUGUGCCUUCUUAUGACGGUAGAAGUAGAACUUCUCAUCAUAGCUGAUGGAAAAUCGCUCUUGAGAGAUGGUAAUAAGUCCAAGCCGGAAAAGUCUGUUACUUGGAUAGACUUGGAUGAUUUUUUCAUCCUACCUGAACCUGAAGAGGUGCCUUACGAUUCCGAUUCUGACUCAGACAUAGUUUUCCGUAAUUAUCCUAUCCGCCCAGCAUAUGAGAAAUACGAGGCAGAUUUUGACGACUCUGCUACUGAUGUUGAAGAAAACCAUGCUAUAGAUUCUGAGUUUGAUGAAGAAGCGGGGUAUACAGAUCAACCGGAAUCAUCAGGGGAUGAGCUGAGUUUCUCUAAAUCGGAAGACUAUGAUAAACCUUUGGGAGAUAUUUACCGCAUAACAGAAAGCAGCAAUGGUUCCUUUGAUGAUGGGUUUUGCACAACCAGUUCGGACGCACCUUCUCCUCGUGCCGGGUUGGGAGGGAGCUCUUCUGACGACGGAGCCAUGUCAUCUGUUCCUUAUCAGCCUGAUCCUCAAAUAAAAUACUUAUGGAACGACAGUGUGGACAUAGGAGAUAUGAUUGGUCUGGAGAUGAACGAUAUGAUGCAGUUGCGGAUAAUGCUUGGCGUUGAAAGAAUCUCCACUGAUACAUUAUCCCGUUAUAACGUACGUGGGCACAUAGAUGGGUAUGAUCAACCAGCAGUACUAUAUCCCAGAUACCGAGGUAUAGCAUCUCGUCUUCGCAUUCCUUCAGGAUUAAAGGUUAUACGGAAAAUAGGACCUAAAAUGGAGAAAGAAAACUAUCCUAUACAAGAUGAAACUUUACCGAGACCAAAGUUCAGUGGGAUAUUCGGGUACCACAUGGUUACUGCUUCUGAUCGAAUGGUAGUAUUAACCACAAAUGAGCGCGAUGCUCUAGCUGUAUAUGAAGCUACUGAUGGAGCAUUAGCGUUUGCCUUACCUCAAGGCGAACGAGUUGAUAGCUCUGUGUUCCCAUACUUAGAAGAUUUUGAUCAGAUAUACUUAUGGUUUCCCAUUCGACAUUUAGAUUACGCAAAAGAAUGGGGAACAGCUCUGAACGCAUCUCGGUGUUUUCUGGUUAAAGUAGCUGAUAGACCCAUUGAAAUGGUUCGGAAUAACAGAAACACUGAGGUCAAACAAGCUAUUACUUCAAGAUCCGUGCGAAUGCGUGAUAAAGGAUUCCGAUCAAUGACAGACAUUCGAGAAGAAGUGAAAGCCGAUUUGAUUCAUUCAUCCAGCCGGCAACAUGGACUCGCUCAGUGGAAACGGUUUUCUGCUUUGAACAAAUAUCUACUGGGAUUCCGUCCUGGCGAGCUUACUGUUUUAACAGGUGGUACAGGUUUUGGAAAAACAACUUUCCUCUGCGAGUAUGCAUUGGAUUUAUUCACCCAGGGGGUACGCACUCUGUUCUGCAGUUUUGAAAUGCCAGAGGAGAAAAUAUUGAAGUGGAUGCUGGUUCAAUACGCUGCUCCGUCACAUCUUCGUAGCCUUGCGCGCACAUUGACGUUUAGAAACGGAUUAAAACUACCUCUGUAUCGCGUUGAGUAUAGCAGUGCUAUAGAUAGUUGGCUGGACAAGUUCGAACGGACAAAGGGUCCACUAACUAUUUUGAAAACAGAUGAGUUUUUGAUGAACAAAAACAUUACAGAUAUAGCAAAGGCUAUAAGUCAACACGUGAUUAACAACGGUUGCCAACAUGUUGUUAUCGAUAACUUGCAAUUUUUGGUGAAUCAGACAACUAUGGCUGAUGAUAGCUCCAGUGGAUUCGAGAAAUUCCAUCAUCAAGACAGAUUUGUUGGAUUAAUGAGAAAAAUGGCAACUGACCAUCAAGUACAUGUUACAAUGGUAGUGCAUCCUCGCAAAACUGACUCCGACACUGACUUGGAUAUACAACAUUUUGGCGGAUCAGCAAGAGUCACGCAGGAAGCCGACAAUGUUCUAGCCAUUCAAAGACGUCGAGAUGACAAAGAUCGCGCAAAAUUCCGCAAAUUUUUAUAUAUUUUGAAGAACAGGUACGGUGGAAGGAAGAUAGAGUCUGACCAAUUAGAAAUGGUCUUCCAACCUGGUACUUACUCGCACACUCUCAUUGACCAUUCCCGCAACUGA